UCCAUUUCCUCCAUAUAAAUCUCAUGAUGUGGUGAAUUUACUGGAACCGAUUGAAAGAGUAACCCGAUGUUUAUGUGGUGCUAAGUAUCCAACUAUCAAUCUUGUUUAUCCGUACAUGGAAUUACUCAAAAAAAGGUUUGCACCAAAAACGGGUGAGACGGUCGAUACCUAUUUGAAUCUGAUUUAUGGAGAAGGAGUUGAAGAUGAUGAGAAUGAAAGUGAUGAAUCUGAUAAUGAUAUUCCUGCUGCCGGCACUCAUCAACAAUAG